AUAUUUUCUAAUGAUGUCGCAUGACGUUUUUUAAAUCCGUGAAAAUGAGGUCAUUUGAUGGUACUAUACACAAAUUAGUACUAUUUCAAGGUUCGCAUAUCUCUACAUUUUUUCAUAGCUGUACAAUAACUUUUCUGAUAUUUUUUAUUGUACCGUUCAGCAGUUACGAUGACGUGAUUUUCAUAUUUCUGAUUUUUUUGCAUUUACCCAAGAGUCUGAAUCAGAUUAGAGCAACAGGUGCUCUGUGUUCGCUUAUUCACUCCACCGGGAUAGUUAUGAGACGGUUUUGACAAUCGAUACCGAGGUGCCUAGAGCUGGAGUAGAGAGUAGUAAACCCGAGUGUGGAAAGGGUAUAUUAAUUCAGCUCCAUCACUCGCGUAUUCCAAAUGAUAUUGUUGUAAUAAACGAGAAUUGGAUUGUUCCAUGAAUUGUCGCCAUUGCCAUGUGGUUAAACAAUCUCUACCUUUCUAGUAAAUCCAAAAUUAUUGAUAGGUAUCCAAAUUUUUUAUAAACCUGAUCACAAAUCAGUCUUUCAUAUUCCGUAAACCAUAAAGAAAGUCGUAAAACCCAUGUGAAACUAUAAUAUUUCUCUUGAUAUAGUUUGGCGAUCGUGAGUUAUCUCGGUAUAUUUGCAAGUAGUACAUUCAUGGGAUGGAGUUCACCGGUAUUGCCACUUUACGAAAGAGACGAUUCACCAUUUCAUCUGACGGGUAGCGAAGGAGCAUGGGUUGCAUCAUUGAAUCUUUUGGGUGCAGCUGUUGGUCCACCAGUUUGUCUGCUAUUUGCUCAUUCCGUCGGACGAAAAACUCUUCUUAUUUUUAGUGUACUACCUUUUGUGAUAGGAUGUAUCACGAUAGCAUUGGCUACAUCAGUCUAUCAUCUGUAUUUCGCGAGAUUCAUCAGUGGAAUGGGCACAGGAACAGCAAUUUGCGUGAUGCCAAUGUAUCUCGGUGAAAUAUCACCCCCACACCGUCGAGGAUCCCUCUUGGCAUUCAUCAUAAUGUCCUCAAGACUGGGAAUACUCUUUGCCUACGCAGUAUAUCCAUUCGUAUCCAUCGCAGUUGGAGCACUGGUGUCCAUGAUUCUGCCACUGGUCUACGUACUGUCAUUCAUAUUUCUACCAGAGUCACCCUAUCACUGGGUGCGAAAGGGUAAGCGUGAUGCUGCUGCUAAAUCCCUGGUACGUCUGAGAGGAACCAAAGACAUUCAGGAGGAAUUGGAUCGGAUUGAGACAUCUGUCAAAGCGGAGAUGGCCAACAGUGGUGGUUUCCGAGAGCUCCUCUUUGUUCCUGGCAAUCGAACGUCACUCUUUGUCAGUGUUAUCCUGGGGAUGAUUCAACAGUUGUCCGGAAGUCAGGCAAUCAUGCUGUAUGCACAGAAUAUAUUUGAUGCUGCUCAUGUUGCUGUUGCUGGUAAAUACAUGGCGAUAAUUCUUGGAGUUGUUCAGCUAUUCUUCACUGGUGUUUGUGGAUUUCUGGUUGAUUAUUUUGGUCGACGACCACUUCUCCUGUCCUCCACCGUUGGAUCACUAGUAUCAACUGCCAUUAUUGCAGCUUAUUUUCAUUUAAAAGCCAUGGAAUUUGAUACUUCUCAUAUUGAGUGGCUUCCAGCAACUGGAUGCAUGUUGUACGUUGUCUUUUACUCCCUUGGACUUGCUCCACUUCCAACGGCGAUGACCGGUGAACUCUUUCCAACCAACACAAAAUCUCUUGGUUGUGCUACUGCGGUUUUCUGUACUUAUAUUGUUGGAUUUGGAGUUGGUAAAGUUUAUCAGAUUAUUUGUGACUCGGUGGGAACUCACGUUGGAUUUUGGAUAUUUGCGGGUUGCAAUGUGAUAGGAAUUAUUUAUAUUUAUCUUUUUGUACCUGAAACGAAGGGAAAAACUCUUCAGGAAAUCCAGGAGGAUUUGAAUCGCAGGAAGAGUGUUAUAUCUAUGAAAAAUAGUGAGUGGGUGGCUGGGUGAAUGGGCUGUAGGGGGAUUUCGGGGGUAUGGACAUUUGAGACUGACUGAUGAUCGCCAAUUUUGGUACAGGAUCAUUCAGACUGUUGAAAAUGGAAAGGGCUUUCUUGGAAAAUUUGAAUUUGGUUUCCAUUGUCUUGCGAUAGUGACAAAGUUAUGUGGGAAAAUUGGUUUAGAGAAGGGGUAGAAAAAUCGGUGUUUCUUGUUCCGGGUGUUGAGAUUUUCGAUUCGAGAAUGUCGAGAGUUAAUUGAUUGGCAGAAAUUGAUGAAGCAAUUUAGUGUGGAUGUCUCCAAUAUGAGGAUCCCUUUGAUAGUUUGGGGUUGAUGACAACUAUUUUUGGAUGUUCAGUCUGUCUUUAGUUUCGAGACAAUUCAAAACUGUAUUAAUUAUUAUUUUCGUGAUUGACAUUAUGACGGUGUCAAUUUCUGUUUCAUCCGUUACUGACUUCCAAAAUUGUACUCUUUUGAUCGCUAAUGAAGACUGUGUCGACUGGCUUGAAUCUCGAUUGUAUUAAACAAAAUGGUACAGUAAAUUUUUCGAAUCUUCUCAUGUACUUUAUCCAGUAUUUUCCUCUCUGUAUGUGCAAUAGUAAAAAAAAUAUAUAUGUGAGUUUGCGGAGGGAUCAAUUAAUUUACCUUUCACAUAUUUCAAAGCUGUUCCUUAAAUUUGAUCCUUCCAAUAAAAGGGAAGCAGAUGCACCAGUUUCCGGAUACUUUAUCCAACAAAUAGUCACCCCAUCGAAAACUAGUACACUCCGGUCCUAUUCAAAUGAGUGAUAUGUCAUUGAACCAAUUUCACUGAUAAUGUAAUUGAAUUCAAAAACAUGAAAGCGUUUCGAUUUUAUGAAACAUAUUAAACGACACUAUUUAUUCAAGAGAUAUCGAUUGAGAAUGUGGCGAGCAUGUGCGUAUUAAGAGACACUUGGGUCAUGGCACGUGGAGAUUUCGUAUUUCUAAUAAUAAAUUUCGAGGUCAUUGGCAUAACUUCUUUGUAAAUAGUCUAAUCGAGCACCAACUGUUCAAAUACAGUAUUGCAACAAUGUAAUAUUUGACUCCUGAAUUCAAUGGCAGAGUGGAGAGAUAGGAUAAGCACUCGUGGAAUGAGUAUUGCUUCACAUUGUUCUGUUACUUUUGCUACUGUAUUUUACUUGCCGGCGUUUUAAUCGGAUUCAAGUAUAAUCACAUGGAAGAUUGAGAGCUUGCAAAGUUUGACAAUCUCAUGUUAAAUAUGGUGGGUAAGAUAAAUGAGGGUUUUAAUAUAAACAAAUUUUGUAAUGAAAAUUCUGAAAAUAUACGAGUCCAUUAUAUUUGUGAAUGUUUUUUUUUUAACUCAU